AUGACGAAGCUCAAGUCUCCCCAGGCCCAGCAGGAGAGGACCUUUCACCCGUUUCCUCGUCUGCCGCCUGAGCUCAGGUGGAAGAUCUGGGCCUACAACCUACCUGACCCACGCAUAGUCUCCAUCCGGUGCGGCUCCGACCCGACCUCCCCACAGGAGACCUCCUCGCCUUCGUCCUCGUGCUCAUCGUCGUCAUCCCCUCUACCAGGCUGCUCCUCGCCAGCCCUCAUCCCAGCCAACCUCCACACCUGCCACGAGUCGCGCCGCGAGGCCCUCCGCCGGUACCGCCUCUCCUUUGGGAUCACCCGCGGCCCAGGACACAUCUUCUUCGACCCAGGCGCAGACACGCUCUACUUUGGCCCCAGGGACGGCUUCAUGGCCUCUGAGGCGCAGCUUCGCACCGUGCUGGCUCUCUGCGACCCCGCCGAGCUCGCCCGCGUCGAGAGGGUGGCCAUCAAUGACGCGCUCUUCUGGGUAUACGACGACGGCCGCAGCAGCAGCAGCAGCAACAGCAACAGCAGCAGCGUCUGUCGUAGCGGCGGUGGCGGCAUCAGUAUCGGCAUCGGCAGCGGCAGGGCAGGCAUGGCUCGGUCCGCAAUGGCGAGCUCCCUCCUCGUCGACAUCAUGGCCUUGCUGCGCGCGAGGCUGCCGGGCCUGCGCGAGCUGGUGUUCGUCCCGCGUGACGACAACCCGCUGUACAGCGGCGACAGCUGCCUCGUCGAGCCGGCCAUCGUCCAGAGCCGCCUGGCGAGGCAGGUUAAGGAGGCCAUGGGGAUCGCCUUCGGGGCCAUGCCGGAGGAGGAGGAGGGUGGCGGCUGCCCGUGGAAUUGGAGAGUCAUGACGAUCUCCGCGGAUCCGGACCCGCCUGUCUACGGGCGUCAGGUUUUGGGGUGGGGCACGGGGACGGAGGAGAAAAGGGACCGGGAGAAUGAUGGUGAGAACGCCAGCAGCGUCACUAGGGGUUAUCUGCACUGGAGGAGCUCACGUGGUGGGAGCAGGAGGGCUGGCCUCGCUCGGGAAGAGAAUCAUGCGAGGGGAGCUUGGGUUGCUGGGGUUGGCUUGUCGAGGCUGAGCUCUUUGGAGGAGAGUGUGAGGAGGCAGUUUAUGUCGAUGGAGAUGGACGUGUGCGGGUGA